AUGACUUUUUCGAUUAUGAUUACCACGUUCACUACAUUCGAACUAGUAAAAAAAGACUUAUCUGAAUUGGGUGAUGUUGUGGCCAAUGAAGCAUCAGCCAUUGCCAGUAGUACAGUGGAAAGUGUCAAGCAUCAAGCCCAGAGUCUUCAACAAAUUGUCAGUCCCGUAGAGGAGCAGGCUGUUCUGCCUGGUGAAGUGGACGGACAACGUGCCGAAAUUGUAGAGAAGUUUGCUUGUAAUGGUCGUAGCUUUGUAAUCACCAGACGACAUGUUUUGUUCCAGGAUCAAACACCAACUACAGAAACAGAGUCGGAAACUGGUGGCGGUAUAUCGGCUUUUUCGUUCGGAUGGGCACCGAAAUUGCCACACAUGAGCACACUUUCGAGCAGUAGCUGGGUGAAAUCAUUCGUCGAUACUGUGAAGAGUAUCGCUCAAGAGGACACCACGGCUGACGAGGAUCAGCAUACGGAAGCAAUUCCACCGAAACCGCUGUCGGAUAGCGAGAAAUUAUUACGACGAAACCACUUACCACAUUGUAUUUUAUAUGAGAUUCAAACGAGCAAAAAAACAUUCGUAGCAGAACCUGAUGGGGACGCAGAACUGUAUGCAUUUUGGGCAAAUGAAUUCAAAAUUGGUGAAUACGAUGAAGAAAUCAAUGCCUUACUGAAGAAUUGUCCUCCAAUGAGAGCGCUAUAUCAAGAGUUGGUACCGUCGGUUCUGGAUAAUCAGACAUUCUGGAAACGAUACUUUUACAAGGUGUAUCAAACGGAAAUGGUGCAACUCUGUAAGAAGGAUUCAGAUUUGCUAAGUGUUGGUACGGAAACGACGGAGAGUAAUCAGUCCACGCCAUCAGAUAAAUCCAGUAUUGGGGAAAAGCAGUGGCUGUUGAGAACGUCGGAUAAUUCAAAGAAUACAUCGGAACGAAGCGAUAAAUCAGCAGACGAAACGUGGAGUGUUUGUUCGAGUACCAAUAUUGAGAUUCAGUCGUUUCAGGAGAUUCAAGAUGAUAGCGAUGGAGGACCGAGGACUCCGAAGGCGGCAAAUUCCCGUGGUGCAUCACCUGAGCCGAACGAAAAAAGUACCGAAGGAUGGGUGGAUUGGGACGAAUAA